AUGCACAAAUGUCAUGAGUGCGAGAAAACUAUACGGAAAAAUCAAAAGGAAACUAACUGUACAUCAUGCCUCGAUCUGUUUCACGUAAAAUGUAUUACAUCCACAACUGAUAUCAAAACUAUUAUAAGUAAUUAUAUUUGUUCCAGAUGCCUGUGGACUGAAUUGCCCUAUCAUUACAUACAGAACGAUAGUUUCUCACUAGAAGCGGGACAAUCCUCCUCUACCGAGAGCGGUACUUUAGACCUAAAUAAACACCUUAUCAACCACAUGACUUCUCUCACCACCAGACCAAAACACCUAAAACUAAUGCAUCUUAACACCCAAAGCAUGGUUUCUACAUUCGACGAGUUAGUUCUAACCAUGAAGCAAUAUCCUUUUGACGUAAUCUGCAUGAGCGAGACUUGGUUAAAAGACAAUCCACUGUUACUUCAGCACGUAAACAUACCCGGGUAUAGCUCUGAAUUCAGAAAUCGUGAUUCAAUAAAAGGCGGGGGCGUCGGAGCAUACAUCAAUGAAUCGUUAAAGUAUCGUCGAAGGAGUGAUAUCGAGAAGAAAGAACCCAGCCUUGAACAUUUAUGGCUCGAGUUCCCCGGCAGAAAUAAACAUAGCAAACUACUUGAGGGGACAAUAUAUCGCUCAGAAAAAAUGCUAAAAUGUACGGAAUGGCUGAAACGUUUUGAGAACCUACUCGGGUAUCUUACGGCUAGCUGGGAUGGUCUUAUUUUGGUAACUGGUGACAUUAAUAUUGAUCUACUUGGACAUUUGAACUCUGUAACAACCCAAUACUUGGACAUGCUGUCGUCUUUGAACCUCUAUCAGCACGUCCAAAAACCAACUAGAACAACAUAUAAAUCCUCAACACUUAUAAACCAUAUAAUCUCAAAUUCACCCACGCGCAUCUCACAUACUGAUGUCUUACCUUGCCCAUUGGUCAGUGACCAUGACGCUAUUUAUGCCUGCAUCAACAUCAAAGUCACAAGAUUUGAGACACGAUACAAGUAUAUACGAUGCGAAAAAAACUUUAACGAUUUAAACUUCGUUGAAGACUUUAAAACGUUACCUUUCUCCGUAAUCUAUGGCGUCGCUGACCCUGAUGAAAAACUCGAUAUAUUAAAUUCUUUAAUUACAGAAUGUAUUGAAAGACAUGCGCCGCUAAGACGAACCAAGAUCACGAGACCCCCAGCACCAUGGCUCAAAGAUCCUACCAUCCAAGAUCUACAGGAGCAAAGAAACGUUCUUCAAGCCAGUGCUCGAAGAAGUAAGGAUGCCCAAGCGUGGGAACUAUUUCGUUCAGCUCGCAACCGCCUCAAAGCAUUAAUUAAAACUGCUAAAAAGAAAUUCACGCAAAAAAUGCUUUCUUCUAAGAAACCCAAGGAAGUAUGGAAAGUAAUACAUCGCAUCUUGCACCCAGAGCCGCGUAGGAUCACCUUUCACCCUGAAAAACUCAAUUCUCAUUUUACUUCAACGGCAGAACGUACAAUCGGCACUGACGUCAAUGAUAAUAACAACAGUUACGACACUAUAAGAAACAUGAUCGAUUCGCUUCCCCCAGACUACGACAAUGGCUUCCAUAUAAAUCCUGUCACACUGGGCGAAGUUGUAAAUGAAAUACGUUGUCUACGAGGAGACUGUUCCACAGGACCAGAUCACAUUCCAGCAAAAAUGAUCAAAAUUGUGGCCGAAUAUUUGGGUUCUCCAUUAACCGAUAUCAUUAACACCUGUAUCGCGAAUCGAAGCUUUCCGUCCGCGUGGAAGAUUGCGCGUAUUUGCGCAAUCCCAAAAGUUAAGCAAAUCACCUCUGAAAAUGACCUGCGGCCUAUAUCAAUCUUGCCAGUACUGUCGAAAGUGUAUGAACGCCUAAUCUUUCGCCAGCUUUCCAAAUUCAUCGAUGAUAACAAAUUACUGAGUAGCACCAUCUCUGCAUAUCGAAAGGGCCAAUCCACCACAACGGUCAUGCAAGCCAUACGAGAUGACAUCACGAAAGCAAUGAGUCGUGGAGAAGUCACGAUGAUGAUCUUCGCUGAUUUCUCGAAAGCUUUCGAUACGAUCCGUUUUAAAAAUCUCAUCUCGAAAAUGAGCAAACUGGGCUUCCGCAAGGAUUUUCUUACAUGGACACUAAAUUAUGUCUCACAUCGUAAACAGUACGUUCAGAUUGAUGAUAUUAGAUCGAAUACAACAAAUGUUAAUUUCGGCGUACCACAAGGAUCGAUAUUGGGGCCGGUUUUAUUUAAUAUAUACGUUGCCGACCUUCAAGAAAUUAUCGACGCCAAAAGCCAUCAAUAUGCUGACGACACAACAAUCUAUGAGCAUGCUAAGGUCAAACAUAUUCAUAGAUGUAGAGAAACCAUAUCUGAUUCAAUGAAAAAACUCAACGACUGGUCAAAUAAUAGCAGCCUUGCCUUAAACCAUAAGAAGACGAAAGCAAUGCUUUUCUCAACUCAACAAAUGUCAAGAGUCCACCAAUUGGAAAAUUAUGAACCUAGAAUAUUUGUCAACGAACACGAACUAGAGCGCAUAAAGUCAUGCAAGUUGCUUGGCGUUCAUUUCAACGAACACCUAAAAUGGGACAACCAUAUCCGUCACAUAACAUCUGCCUGCUACGCCACCUUGCAAAUAUUAAGGAAACUUAAACAUCUAGCUUCUUAUUACCUUAGAAAGCAGUUAGCUGAAACGCUAAUAUUAUCCAAAUUGGAUUAUGCUGAUGGUGUUUUCUAUCCACUCCCGCAGUUUCUAUCAAGGCGCUUACAGAAAGUUCAAUUUGCAACUGCUAGUUUUGUCUUGGGUCGAUAUGUUAAAGAUCAAAAGGAUAUCCUGGAAGUUGGAUGGCUUCCAGUUAACGAAAGAAGAGACCUCAACAUCCUGAAAUCGAGUUUCAAAGCCAUGUAUUUCCAAGUGGCCAGAGUAUCUAAAGCUAGAACGACAAACUUGCGUCCGAGAACUGCGCUCAACCAAUGCAGUUAGACUAGUCGUGCCAAAAGAAACUGGAACGUUUCAACAUAGUGCUGCGAAACUUUUUAAUUCCUUACCUGAGAACAUCAGGAAUUGUACUAAUUACAAAGUAUUUUUAAAAUUAACGAAAGAACUUUUAUUCGAAAGAGCACGCCAAAACUAGUUUUUAAUCCGAACAUCGAUUUUAUCUAAUUUCAACACUUAAACGUUAUAGUCCAUAGUUUAUAGAAUAUAGUAUUUAAUUAGUAUUUUAACAGGGAAGAGCCAUAUGUAUGGAUCUGUUGAAUAAAUCGUUAUUAUUAUUAUUAUUAUUAUUAAUUGUAUAAACCCAAACAUCGAAAAGCAAAAUUCGCGGGAAAAAGCUCUAUUUUUAUGCAGCGUCGACAAAAGUCCACCAUGUUCUCCGCUAAUGCUUUCGUUUCCCCGGGUGUAAAUAGCCGGGGGAAAUUAGUGCCCUCGCACGGCGCUUCGCGCCGUCGGCUCGGGGACAAGAUUUUUAAUAAAUAAUGGAGAACAUAACUGUUACAUCAUUACUGUCCAUAAAUAGCAAAAGCUAGUCGAGAUGGACAGUAGUUACAUUAAGCAUCUUAAUAAACAAAGAAUAAUCAAAGAAUAAUUAAAGAAUAAUCAAAGAAUACUUAUAUUUCAAACAGAAAGGGCAUUGAAGUCGAAAUGUGCAAAACAUUUAUGCUUCACCGCAUAUAGGCUAGCUUUGAUAAUAGCCGAGACCGAAAUCCGUAAUAUAAGAUUAAAGUUAAUGAUCUUAAAUUUUGAUUUAUAUUUCUAAAACAGUUUUUGGUUUUUCCAAAUUGCUUUAAUAUAACUGAAAUAUCAAUAUAUUCAUCUUCCAUUACUAACAUUUGGAGAAGCUUGUCAUGCAUUUUUUUCUGAAAAUUAUGUUUUGAGUUUUCACGUAAUUCCAUAGGAAUCAAGCAUUUUUUUAAGCAUUUUUUCGGAGUGCAUUUUAUUACCAUCACACCAUAUAGUUCAAUAGUUGAACAAUAGUUGAAGUAGGGGAGUACAAAUGACUUGUACAUCAUCUGUAGUGUUGCUUGAGGUAACGUAAGGCUUCACCUUUCGUAACAUAGCUAUACAGUAUAGAACAAUUAAGAAAUGUUUUCGGUUGGUUUUUCAACGUGUUUUGUCCAUUGUAAUUUAUCAUCUAUUUCUAAGCCUAACACCUUUUUCUUGUAAACCCGUUUGAUUAUAUGCAUGAUCUAUAAUUUUAAUAAUAGGGGUCAUUUCUGAUCUGUUUCAAGCGCUUUGCUGAGCCGAUCAACAUAUACUCGGCUUUUUCUUCAUUUAAAGUUAAUUUGUUUGCGGCUAACCAAGUCUGAACGUUUUGGAUUUCCACCCCCAAUUUGUAUUCAAUUUCAAAAGAAGACUCUCCAGUUCUAGGCAUUAGUGACGGCCAUAAUUUAAUUUACACUAUCAGAAAACACUCUAUAUAGUGUUAAAUCUAAGCCUAUCAUGCACUAUUCAAUCCCGCAGUUAUAAAAAAUUUGAUGAAACUUCAUUCAAGCAUGACAUUGACCAUUGUCAUUGAAUGAUUCUAUUCCGGCCAUGGCAGUACAUAUGGUUUCCUUAGAUGAUCCUAUAAAAGUCAUAAAAUGCUCGGGAAAUUUGGAAAAAACUGUUUCUUGAAGUUGCUGAUAAGAAUAAGGAAAACUCGUGCACCUUGGCUCUCUGUUGAAAUCAAGAAAUUAAUAUGGGAAAGAGAUCGACUAAAGCGGAGAGCAGUUUAUACUAAUGAUGAAAACGAUCGGGAUAACUGCAUGUUAAGAACUUAG